AUGGUACAAGAUUACGAAGAAUUGUCUAAAGAAUGGUAUCACUUAAUAUUAAAUGAAAAGGACUUUAAUUUACUUGCUUGUGCUCCAAAUAUUAAAUGGUGUUCUAUUUGUCGAUGUCAUCUAAUAGCAGACGAUGAUAGUACAGCAUAUGAACAUCUUCACGCUUUAAUACAUUUUACUAAUGGAUUUACAAUGUUAACUUACAAGAAAAAACUACAGCGCUCUGGUACACGACUCCAUUCAAAAACAACUUUAAAGAAAAUAAUUUGCUUGGACCAUGCUGUUGGUGUUCUCAGAUACAUCACCUGUGCUGAUGGACCAAAGCCGCUUAGAAGGGAUGGAGAUGGUCUUAGAGGUACACCUCAUUAUCAUUACGAUACAAGAGUAUUCAAACAAAAUUGGUUACAUUCCCGAGGAAAACAGUGUUGCUUAGUACGCACAGAAAUUUCAGAAUUAGCAUCUGAAGGUGUUAAAGACUUAUAA